UCUUACCUGUAAAGUUGACCAUGGUCUCGGCCCUUCAUGUCUAAAGUUGUCAUAACCACAGCACAGGCAAGUCUCACUCCUGGCUCUCUGCCACAUAGCCUAGUGAGCCCAACCAUCUGGAUUUUGUCAUCUGUAAUAUGGGAAUAAAAACCUCAGCCUAGGGACUGGUGGGACCUGGUCAGGCACAUUAACAACCCUCACAUCUGGGGCCUGGAGGUGUUUGGGUGUAGGUGGAUGGCGGGGUAGGAAGGAACACCCCACCUAGCGUAAAAUACCUGUUCUCAAUUUUGACUGACCUUUAGGAGCUCCUGAGUCCCACCCAAGACUGAUGUCUGUCAGGUGAGGGCUUGUAGUGCCCUGACAACGCCAUGCUUUUAUUUGUCUUGGGGUGAUUGGGGCUUCCUGUAGGUGACAACCCAGGCCUAGACAGUGAUGCUUGAGAACAGCUGAGACCUGGAGUACCAGCUAAAGGCUCUCACUUCAGGCCUCAGUUGAGUUUCAUUUUUGUCAGUUGCCCCCUCUUCCCUAAGGCCAGGCCACCACCAUCUUUCUGGUCUACCCUGUGUCCACUCCUGGAGGAGGAGGCUUCCUGAAGCUCAAACUAGGCAGUGUAUGUCCAGCUCCCAGGUCUUCUCUGUACUUAAUAGGAACCCUCCCACCCCCCACCCCCCACCCCUGACCUCAGCCCUGCACUGACUCCCACCUUAGGGCCUUUUGCACAGGCCCCCCUCUUCAAAGCAGUUCACACAGAACCUGUGGGUGCCAGUGACUUGGAAUUCUCCAGUGUCAGAACCUGCGUUCAAAUCCCACUCUUGUCACAACCUUGUGGCAUUAGAUGAUGGCUAUCACUUCUUGGAUUCAAUUUUCUUUAUAUUAGUGGGGAUGGGAUGUGAGGAAGUGAAGUCGGGUUUUGUUUUUGUUUUUUUUCCCUCCACGCGGGCCUCUCAGUGUUGUGGCCUCUUCUGUUGCGGAGCACAGGCUCCGGACGCGCAGGCUCGGCGGCCAUGGCUCACGGGCCCAGCCGCUCUGCGGCAUGUGGGAUCUUCCCGGACCGGGGCACGAACCCGUGUUCCCUGCAUCGGCAGGCGGACUCUCAACCACUGCGCCACCAGGGAAGCCCUGAAGUCGGGUUUUGACAUAGCUGCAUAGAAACAAGCCGAAGGACAGCCUUGCUGUAUACAGAACCGUACAUUUAAGGUCGAAAACGUUAAGGCAGGCGCCAGUCGGGAACAAGCACAGGGGUGGAGGUGGGUGGAGGGUGUCAGGCCUGAGAAGCCCCCAGUCUUCGCUCCCCAUUCUUCCCCCGGGGUCUCCAGGUUAGCUGGUCGCCACAAGCUGGCUCCAGAGGCCUCCGGGCCUGCAGGGGGCGCCAGGCGCAGCGGAGCAACCUGCUCCCGGGUGGGACCAGAGCUGCGUAGUCAUGAUCAUCACUGAGGCCGCGGCAGAGUCCGCUGUCCCCGCGGUGCCCGGUGAUGCAGGAGCCACUGGAGCCCCGGAGCGCGAGCAGCUGGUGUGGCCCUGGAAAGAUGCCGCGAUACGGGCGCUGGUGCAGCGCAUCCACCAGUUGCAGGCUGAGCGCGCGCAGGCCUUCCGCCGGCUGGAGGACCUCAGGAUCCCCGCCUGCUGCAGAGGCCACCGACAGUACCUGAGCAGCGGCCCGCCCUACGACUUUCCGCGCUACCGGAGCACAGUACACGAGGUGACCCAGGCCUUCGCCGCCGCCUCGCGGGAGGUGCUGGCGGUGGAGGCCGAGCUAGCCGGACCCCGAGCGCAGCCGCUGCUCGCGAGCCACGUGCGCAGGCUGCAGCAGCUGGAGGAGACGCGCCUGGCCACGGGAUCCAAGGCCCAGCCUACUCUGCCUCUACAGCCAAUCCUGACCAAGAUACACUACCAUUCCCAGGCCAACUCCACGUGAAGCCACGCCCACAUCACACUCUACGCUGGGAUUCCCAGGCCACGCUGCUUUAGAGACCCAAUCCCAGUCUAGGGAUUGUAACUCCCCGGCUGGUCCCUGAGAUUCCGCCUACUUCACAACCCUCACAACCCAACCACCCCACCCCACCCCCGCCCCCGCCCACCUAUCCCUGCCUGAGAUUGCACCACUGUUCCCCUUCCCCGCCUACAUGAGGUCAUGCCCAUGUUGCGCUCUGCACUGAUUCUAGGGCCCGCCCACUCGGCCCCUCUCCUCAGGAGCCCCCCUAAACGUAAUCCUAGAUUCCUUCUGCGCGAAGUACCGCCCCUUGAGACUCGCGCCUGCUGUGGCCCCACCCUUGCGCUGCCUUUCCCGGUGCUUCAGUGUCUCUUCCUCCCUACUAUGUGGGAGGGCAGGGGGUGGCCUCUGCCAGUUGUGACAUCCUCCUUGCUGCCUAUUCCCC